UUUGUUUCUCUUUCACCGACAAUUAGUUAAUUUCUUUUUUUUAUUUAACCUUUAUUUGUAUCUUUGUUUGGUGUGUGUCAUUGUCUUUGGUGUCACUUUUUCUCUAGAGUGUUUUGUGUGGUUUCAAUUCAAUUUGAUUCUAUUUUAAUAUCUUUCUCAUUUUCUUACAUUUUUUUUAAUCUUCUCUCUGUCUCUGUGUGUUUUUGUUUUUAUUUUUGUUUAAUUUCUUUUUCUUUCUUUCUCUUCUUCUUUGUGUGUGUGUAUUUACAAAUUAGAAUUGUUCAGUUAUGCCCGGUAUUUUAGCGAAAGAUAUUGAAUUUAUUGUGCAUUCUUAUUUUAGAGAGCAAUUUAGAGCCAAAGAUAUCCAAUGGAGACCCGCCGGUGUACCGGUUGACCAAGAAAGAGAAGCAACUGAAAGGAAUUCAAAUGCUGCCACCAGAUUAAGUCAAACUGAGGAACAAUCAAUCUCUUCAUUCAUUUAUAUUCUUAACAAAUUGUCCAAUGAUUUUAGAUCUUCCAUAGAGUCUUACAAUGAGCUGCGAGAUAAGGUGGAAACCGUUGUCAAUAAUUUAGAUUCAACUCUUGAACCUGACCGGCUCGAUGAAGGAGGUUACAUUAUUUUCAUUGGAAUUGCUGAUCAUCUUUUCACCGAGGGUAUCAAAUGGAGUAGCAUUUUAACGCUCUUUGUGUUCACCUUUGAACUUGCCCUAGAAUUUUAUCACAUUAAGAAUGAUCAAGUUAUCGUUGAAUCGAUUGCCGGUUGGCUGAUAAAUUAUGUUUCCGCUAGACUAUUGGAUUGGAUGAAUAACCAUGGCGGUUUUAAUGGUCUAAUCGAAUACUCAAAUCAACCCAAUACAACAAAUUUCUCUGACCUUAGAUUUUGGAAAACGGCAGCUCUUGUUGGUGGUAUUCUCGCAUUUAUAUCAAUUUCCAUGCAGAUUUUACACCAAUAGUAUCAAAGGUCUUUAAUGAUUGAGACUUUUAAAUGAUGAACCAAAUCAGAUAAUCAAGUCUCUCUUUCUCCCUCUCUCAUAUUUUAUUAUCUGAAAGUUAUAUCAUCAUUUAAACUCACGGUAUUUUUAUAUCUCAUCAUCGCCAAGAUGAUUACACAUGAUUGUUGAGUGAAAAACUUUUAAUCAAUUUUGCCAAGAAACUAAGAUUACAAAUGAAAACAAUUAUAAUCAACAAUCAUUAUUUAAAUAUUAUAUUUAUACAAAUUGAAGAGGAAACAAAAUAUUUCAAUAAACAUACAAAGAUUACAUUGAUACGUGAUUUAAACCAAAUCAACCAAAUUGAUUGGUCGAUAUUGAAAUGUCAUUGAUUCAAUUGUUUCCAAAUAAAAGUUAUUUUAAUGAA